AUGGCGUCCGCCGACAACUUGACGGCGAUGGAGCAGCCGUGGGGUUUCCGGCCGACAUUCACCGACGCUUGGGUUUCGGAUGUCUACAACAGGGAGACGGACGCCUUUAAGAGGGCGCUGCAAAUGUCCGACGGCGGCGGCGCCGCCGCUGCCGAGAUGGUGGAGUCCUUCCUCGUCGCGCCGGACGCCGCGCCCAUCUAUACGCCGACGGCAUCCGGCUGCUCGGAGAACGAGGUCUCCGCCGCCUGCGGAGGCGGUGCGUCGGGUCCUCGCCGUGGGCCGCCGCCGGCCGGAGGGAGGGUGGCGAAGCGGAGGUCGCGUGCGUCGAAGAAGAGGUCUGCGACGACUUUCAUCGCGGCGGACGCGGCGAACUUCAGGCAGAUGGUGCAGCAGGUGACCGGCGUGAGGUUCCCCGGCGCCGUCGAGGUGAUGCCGCCGAUGCCGGCUCAGAUGUUAAGGCCGGAGCCGCACAGGAUGGUGGAUCGGAUUCAGAUGGGUGGCUUUCAGCCGGCGUUCGGCGCGUCGAGUUUCCUGGCGGACGGCGCCCCCUCGAACCUGGUGGUGCCGCCGCUCCCGGCGGCGAGGCACGACGGUGGCGGGCUGGAGUUCGACCCGUAUUGUAGCUUUCCGACCCUCGAGUCGUGGAAGGUGAUGUAG